AUGUUCAAUUUUGGAAGGGCAGCAUCAUCUGGUGCCACUACCAGUAGUGGGGGUGGUAGUAUGUUUGGACAAAAUGGGAAUGGUCCGCAAACUGGCGGUCUUUUUGGACAAAACGCCAAUAAUCAGCAACAACUCUCUGGUGGAUUUGGUCAAAACAACAACAAUCAAUCAUCUGGCGGCGGAUUAUUUGGGCAAAACAAUGCUACACAGCAAUCUUCUGGUCUUUUUGGUCAAAGUAAUCAGCAAUCGGGUGGACUCUUUGGGCAGAACAGUCAACAACCCCAAACGGGUGGUUUAUUCGGACAAGGUAACCAACAGCAGCGUUCUGGAGGGCUUUUUGGGCAAAGUAAUCAACAACAGCAGUCUAAUGGACUUUUUGGGCAACAAAACAACCAGCAACAGAGUGGAGGACUUUUUGGGCAGCAAAACAGUCAGCCACAGCAGCAACAAUCAGGUGGUCUAUUUGGUCAACAAAACAAUCAACCUCAGCCAGCGGGUGGUUUAUUCGGACAAGCCAAUAAACAGCCACAAACGGGCGGAUUGUUUGGCACUAAGCCAGCUGGAACAACCGGCGGCGCUUUGUUCGGGCAAAACAGUACUGGUACGUCAUCAUUGGGACAAAACACAGGUACUGGUUCUGUUGGUGGUGGUCUUUUUGGAAGUAAGCCCUCCGGAGGUAGUCUUUUUGGCGGCAACACCCUUAACUCAGCUGUUCCCACAGGCUCUACUAACUCAACGGGUGGUCUUUUUGGCAGUAAACCUGGCGGAUCUACUUCAUUAUUUGGGAACAAUAAUGCUGCAUCUACUGGAACGGGUGGAUUGUUUGCAAACAACAACUCAUCUAACUCCGGUGGGUUGUUUGGAAAUAAACCAGCAACUUCAUCCUUAUUUGGAAACACCACAAAUACAUCAACCGGCCUAUUUGGAAACCAGCAACAACAGCAACAACAACUUCAGGCACAGUCAGCCUUGCAAGCUCUUUCACAGCUACCGAUUACGCCUAUGACAAGGACUGUCGACCUACCACCUCAGAUUUGUCAGGAAAUACAACAAUUGGAUCAAUAUAUCCAACGCCAGGUAGCUAUCUCACAACAUCUUAAAGCUGACACUGAAGAUCACACUGAAUUAAUUCAAUCAAUUCCACGUGACAUCAAGUUUUUACAAACCUCGCAUUCAUUGACUAACCAGUCUCUAGCACAGGAUUUAAAAAGAAUUAUGAGCAUUAAAGAAAUCACUGAUCAAAGUAUAGCAGAUUCUCAAACAUUUUCGACAAUUCUGCAACAAUUACUCACACCAGGCACAAAAAUUUCAUCGAUUGAGUUGGACAAGUUUUUCCAGGAGAAAAUUCAACUCUACAAAAACAAACUUGAUGAAUACUUCCGCGUAUUGUCAGAUAUAGAAAGUGCUGUAAAUGGCAUUGAUAAUGAUAUGUUUGGAACCACAUCUAAGGAUGGCAGCAAUCAGGAUGCUGGUGUUGAAAGUGCCGGAUGGAAAACCGGCAUCAAUGCUAUUGUAUCUACAGUCCUUGAAGAGUUUGAGCUGUUCAUGGAUAUGGCCGAACGUGGAGCAGAAUUGCACCAAAAAGUAAAAGAAAUUACUGGUGGGCAAGCUAGUGUAAUCAAGACUUAG